UGUAAUGCUGGCAAGCACACACAAACAUACAGGCAUACACACACCAAAGUGCACACACACCUGUUUGAUGGCGUGACACAAUGUCCCACCAUGAACCCGGCAUUCCAGCCAGGAAGCCACUGGGCUUGCAGUGCUUCUGUAUAAAGUGACACACAAGAUGGAAGAGGUUGUGCAGUGGGCAGCCAAUGUGAUGGACCAUAAAACAGGAAUUGAAAAGAAAGAUCAGAUAGGGCCUAUGGAUACUGCAGAAUUCAUGAAUGCAGCCAGUCAAGGCAAACUGACUAUAAUAGACAAGUAUCUGGCUGAUGGUGGGAACCCUAAUGUCCAUGAUGAGUUGAAGAGGACAGCGUUACACCGUGCCUCUCUAGAAGGACACACUGCAGUUGUCCAAAUGCUUUUAGAAAAAGGAGCCGAUAUCAACUUUGAAGACCAACUGGGCUCCAGGGCCAUUCACUGGGCCUGCAGAGGGGGAAGCCUGAAUGUUGUCAAAUCCCUUAAGAGCCAUGUGGCUGACCUGAAUGUUAGAGAUAAGUUGUACAGCACUCCUCUGCAUGUGGCCACAAGAACAGGCCACACGGCCAUUGUGGAGUACCUGCGUUCCUGUGGUGCCAAAAUCAACUCCAGGGACAGGGAAGGGGACACAGCCCUGCAUGAUGCUGUGCGUCUCAACAGAUACAAGAUAGUGAAGCUGCUCAUAGUUGCAGGGGCUGACACAAAAAUUAAAAAUAAUGAGGGAGUGACCGCAGUGCAGCAGGUAAAACAAUGGCAGUUGGACAUCAUGGAGACCCUGCGGAGGGAGGUGGGACCCGAAAACACAUUGAGAGAGGAGUAAAUAGUUCUGAAGCUGUACAUCUACUCAUAAAGUAUAUUCUUAAUAACAUCCCUUUCUAUAACUAUCACUGGAGGUCUGUGUACAUCAUACUUGAGUAUAUGCAUUAUAUGUGCUCACUAACAAAAUCCUUUCCAGGGCAUGGCGGUUAAACCUCUGAGAUUACUCUGAACUCUUGACACUAUAUGUAAUCUUGGAUGUGACAGAUUCAAAAUGAUCUGCUUAUCUUAAAAAAAAAAGAGACAAAAACAUAUGAAUCAGAAGACAAAGCUGAAUUUCUCAAAUCUUUUUUUUUCAAGCUUUGGCUUUUGAUGUUGACUUCUAAAGAGCUUUAUGAUCUGAGGAGCACUCACUGAUGUUUCAUAUCUGAUUUGCGAUGCCUUUGGAAGUUUAAUAUUAUUAAUAGAGAGUGCUGUGCAGAAGCUGCGUUUGAAUAUACAUCAAGAGGUCCUUGUUUUAUCGAGGCGACAGACAAGGCCAGAGCACACAGUAGCACUGUGUUUGAGACGUCAGCUGAUGAUAGCAGAAAUGGCUGGUAUGCCCCUGCUAAAGUCAGGGAUUCAAGGGGAGCUCAGGGGACAUUUUUUCCUUCUAUCAUCAGUGGCUCAUAUGUUCCUGGGGGAGGUUGGUCAUUCACGCUGGGGGAUACCAACAGCUUGCUCCACCACUUGCAUUGUAGUUAUUUAUGUACAGUUAGUCAUUACACAUACAGCCAUUCAAUUUGUGAGCACAUUUUGUUCAACAAAUAUUCUGCUACUACGGCAUUAUUCAUAAUGUAAAUGUAAAUGCUGUUUUGAAAAGUAUGCAGUUACUGUCUUCUGUUAAAAUGCAAUGUGUUUAUUGUAGACAACAUAUCAGAUACAUUAUCAGCCACACACAGUAUUUCCUGUUAGAAGCAAGGCUGUGUAACUGUCAGGGACGUUAGUGGAGACAUGUACCAUGUACAAUACAAGGUUAUACAAACUAUGUGACAGACAAUGUCGCCAUCUAUGUUGUCAACCUGACCCUAACAGAAAUAUUACGGCAUAUUGUCAAUGUUAUAUGGUUCAUUGAUCAGAAAGAUUAAAUCUCUUGGACUCAUAUAUGUUUUACAGCUUUAGUUCUGUUGUUUUCAAUUCCAUGUGAGCUACAACCAGUAUCCUGCUGUGCUGUUGCUGAGGGCUGGAGUGGUGUAGAAUGAGAAGGGGGAUGGGAAAACUGGAAGCUUCUGCUUAGUGCUGUGUAGCAUGAAAUGAUUAAACGUCUUCCCUACUGAUGCAAAUGUGGCACAUCUAAAGCCUUUGUGUUACAUCAGAAAUACUCGUCUAAAAAUGAACUUCUUUGUCAUGAUACUGUGUCCAAGCGCAAUGAAAAGCAUGUUUUUUCUCAACACAAGGCUUUAUUAAACAGAUUACCACCUAGGCGAUACAUACUCAGACCUAUUCUAGGAUAAUGAGGGGACACUGUGCAGUAGUUUUAUCUAAGAGCACUUAAAGCAACAUUAUAUUGUUACUAAAAAAAAUGUAACAAUAGCAAUGAUAUUUUCCAGGAUGGGUGAAAGUCUGGACAGGCACAUUUUCUUUUAAAGCACCAUUUGUUUCCAGUUGGAAAUAUACAGUAUGUGGAAUUUGUGUGAAUUCAUUUCCACUCAGGCAGGAAUGUGCAGGCGAAGGUUUGAGCAGGCGCUGUCUCCGAAAUAGCAGAAAGGAAAAAUAGAAUUACAUGAUCUGAAAUACAGGUUAUUACACUUUGCACAUACAGCCAACAUUAAAGUGUCAUUGUGUGCUUGAAGAUAGUAGUACUGAUGCAUGCACUGGUCUGCUUUUCUAAUGUUACCUUCAAUCUUUCUGAUUGUACUUUGCUGUACACUGCUGUACCAAAGGGGAUAUUCAGAGGAAGCAACAGUAUAGGUUCAUGUUAUUGAGUAUUGAUUUUUUUUCUCCCUCAUAGAAUAUAACAAUGAGUCAAUAACUGCAAUAAUCCAGACUAGAGACUCCAGGAAUAUUUACAACAGAAUCACAUUUCAGAUUCCUGCUUAAUCUUUGGUGCUUUUGUUUUUCUUGCGCACUAAAGCCCCAGGUGGAUUUGUCCUUAUUGAUCUGUCUUUAUUGUCCAGCUGUAAGAAAUGACACAUGUAACUUCUGUUGAAUGUUCCAGGCUUUCUUACCUGUAAUAUCAUUUGAUUGUAUUUGGUUGAAUUUCUACAUUAGCCACCCUAGACAAGCCACAUAUACAAAUGUUCUGUAAGGCCUAUUAACUGUUCAAGUGCACUGCAUUAAUUUGUAGUCACAGAAUAGCUUUGAUUGGCUAUAAUGGUUAAUAAAUUUCUCAAAAUACUUAACUACACAGUCACAUAACUCAGUAACACCAUUUUCUCUUCUUUUUUGAAAGGUCAGAACAAA